AUGCAGGGCAAGGCCGAAUCCGACCACCCGCCGCCGCAGUCGCCAGUCUCCCCGGCUGCGGCGCCACCGCUGCUCCAGCCCUCAUCGCCCCGCUUCUUUCUGUCCUCGGUGGCGGCGCAGACGGGCGGCGCCCACCGGCGGAUAGCCAUCGCGGUGGAUCUGAGUGACGAGAGCGCCUACGCCGUCAAGUGGGCGGUGCAGAACUACCUACGCCCCGGGGACGCCGUGAUCCUCCUCCAUGUCCGUCCCACGAGCGUCCUCUACGGCGCCGACUGGGGCUCCGUCGACGUCUCCGGCGGGGGCUCGGAGGGCAUCUCUCAGCAGAAGCUGGAGGAGGACUUCGACGCGUUCACCGCCGGCAAGGCGCAGGACCUGGCGCAGCCGCUGGUGGAGGCGCAGAUCCCCUUCAAGAUCCACAUCGUCAAGGACCACGACAUGAAGGAGCGGCUCUGCCUGGAGGUGGAGCGGCUGGGGCUCAGCGCCGUCAUCAUGGGCUCCAGGGGCUUCGGCGCGACGAAGAGGACGACCAAGGCCCGCCUCGGCAGCGUCAGCGACUACUGCGUUCACCACUGCGUCUGCCCCGUCGUCGUCGUCCGCCACACCGACGAGAGGAACGGCCGCGCCGCCACCGGGUCACCCAGAAGCGCCGCCGCCGCCGCCGCCGCAGACCUGCUGCGUCCGGUGCCGGAGGAGGAAGAGAACCAUCUCCCCUCUUCACGGCAAUGA